UUGGCAAUGUUUCCAUUUCGACACUUGUAACUCGUUAAUCGUUAUGCUCGUUACUUACUGUUUAGUGAAUAGUCUUAUUUAAAAAAGAUAAUAGUUUUUAUCUUUAAUAGGCCUUUUCUAGUAUUUUAUAAUUGUUAGAAGUCAUUAAAAAUGUACUCGCGGAGGGUGGCUUCAUUAACGUUUAAACCUUUUAAUUUCCAAUGUAAAUCGUGACUGAACUUCACCUAAACAUCAGAGGCAAACAUCCGUUAUGGUUUUAGCAUCUAAGGAAGUUAUUUCCGUGGCAGUGCUAUGUUGCUUUUGGUAUGUGGUGAGUUCGGGUAGCAAUGUAGUGGGCAAAACGUUGUUGAACCAAUUUCCAUAUCCAAUGACGGUCACAAUGGUUCAGCUAUUGUCAAUUGCUGUUUACUCUGGGCCAUUUUUUAACUUGUGGGGUGUCCGACGAUUUGUAGACAUUAGUUGGCCGUAUUAUUUCAAACUAAUAGUCCCGUUGGCACUCGGGAAAUUUGUUGGAUCCGUCUUUACUCACGUGAGUUUAUGGAAAGUGCCCGUCUCCUACACGCACACAGUUAAAGCUACUAUGCCGUUGUUCAGCGUCAUCUUAUCCAGAAUAAUACUCGGAGAAAAGCAAACAUUAAAGGUUUAUUUAUCCUUAAUGCCAAUUAUUAUAGGAGUGGCUAUUGCAUCUUUCACUGAGAUAUCAUUUGAUCUAAUAGGUUUGCUGAGUGCUCUGGGUGCUACAUUACAACAUACGUUACAAAAUAUAUUUUCUAAAAAGGUGCUUCAUGAUACAGGAAUUCACCAUUUGCGACUGUUGCAUAUAUUAGGCCGUCUUGCGUUAUUUAUGUUCCUACCAGUAUGGCUGUACUAUGACUUUUGGUAUUUAGUAUCAGUCUCCAAUUUUAAUGUUAAUAAUGAAUCUUACAAAGUAUUAGGACUGCUAAUAACUGAUGGCAUAUUAAGUUGGCUUCAAAAUAUUCUAGCCUUCAGUGUUAUGUCUAUGGUAACUUCUUUGACGUAUGCUGUUGCCAGCUCAUCAAAAAGGAUAUUUGUUGUUGGUGCUUCAUUGUUUGUAUUAGGGAAUCCAGUAACUCUCAACAAUGUUUGUGGAAUGUCAUUGGCAUUGUUGGGUGUUAUAGCGUAUAAUAAGGCAAAAUAUGAUGCUAGGCAAUUAGACAAAAAACGUGUUAUAUUGCCCAUGACUUACCAAAACCUAAAUAACUCCAAAGUAUGGUUAAAUGGUCAUAGCAAUUCAAAUGGAAACAAAUCACUGUUUGUUUGAUUUUACAUGAAUAUGAUGACAGCUUUUUAUUUGAUAUACAUAUAUAAAUGUUUAUAGCCUUGUUUAGAACAAAACAAGGCAAUUGUUGUAUAUUUUUUGUUCUGUUAUGUUUUAUAUAAAUUAAAU